GCAGGGCAGAGAGGGGAGUGGAGUCAAGUGGAGGGGGCGAGGGGGAGGUGCGAGUUCUUUGUCCGCAUCCAGCGCAUGUCGUAUCCGCGGCCCGCUGCGCUCCGGAGCUCGGGGCUCCUGUUCGAGCAUCCUUUGGGCACGUUCUGUGCGGGGCUCGGCUUUCUCUCACAAUUAUACGAGUGUGCAAGUCCUCUGAAUGGGUGCCUUGCUCCUGCGCAUGCCACUAUCUUGGCUUAAAUUACUUGCGCUUGUAACUUGCUGCCUAACGCUACUUCGUUAGCGGUGGCCCGCCGCACUUCUUGUCGGUCGUGGUUUUGUGGGCGUGCACCUUCUUUUGAAUUUGCGUCUCGCAUUUUCAGCGCAGUUUGCUCGCGACUGAAGGUCGUGGGCGCCUAGUGCGCGGAGAGGUCAAGCCGCAGGACUUGCCUGGCCUGGCCUCGGCGAGGAAGCUCAAGGUGCCAUUAAUCGCCCGGUUGGAACCACAUUGCCUGAAUUGUGGGGGCGCGAAGGUAGAGCUCAAAUCUACCUUGCUUCGUAGACAGUGUGUAUUCGGGUGAUUGGGAAGUCCAUUGCAGGGACGUCGGGCGAGACGAUCCUUUGCAGCUGCGACACCAUCACAUCACGAAUGGUCUUGACGAAUUCUCGCGUCGGGGUCUGGAAUGCUUGUGUCUGCCUCGUGCUCGUGCUCGUGCUCGUGGCAGUGAGAGCAGACGUAUGACUUCCUCGCGCUGCUGCGCCUGGUGAUGGCCUCCUGCUUUCGAUCUGCUGUUACUUCUGCCAGGAGAUUUCUCCUCUGAAGCGGACGUCGUGAUCCGAUUCGACUGACGACCACGACCAGGGACGCCUGCACAUCGACAGCACCAUCGUCGACGAGAACGACAUCUGCAGCAGCAGCAGCAGCAGCAGCAGCAGCAUCAUCGGCGCCUCAGCUGCGGUCCGAAGGCGCGGAGCGGGGCAGCUCAGACCGCCACAAUAGGGAAGAAGGGCGCGAUGCAGUUCCCGGGAUUCCGAUUUCUCAAGUUCCACCGGAUGGUUCUGGUGCCUCCCCUUUGUUUACUGACGUUCUUGUGUCUAUGGACGUCGUCCACUCUCAGCCCGCUCAACAUCUCGCACCAGUCUUUCUCGCAGGACGUGCAGUGCAUCUCUUGCACCGAUGAUUCUCCCUUCCCGGCCACGAGCGCCUUCCUCUCGCUCGCCAACUUCCCCACCACCUCCUACAUCAAGGAUGUCGUCCUUCGGAACAAUUUUCUCAAAGUCGAGGAUUCCACGACCGAGCCGAUUUCCAGGAUGGAUUCGACCGAGGUAGUGUCGGUCGAGGGAAAUGCAGGGAAGCACGAUGUAGUUGUUAAGGCCAGAUCAUCGGGAACAGCCGCGGGCUCCGACAACCCCGGGGACAGUGAAUGCUUCAGAGCCUCGAGCGAAUGCUUCAAAAUUGAGCCGCAGCCCGCCAGCCAGUCGCCUCCGCUCUAUGACGGAGGCGAUUUGGACCUGUCGGACUUCCGCGAGGAUGAUCUGCGCGCGCUGGCCGACGAGGAGGGAUCCAAGUCCGAGAUGAGGAAUGACAACCCGGAUAACAGGCACCUCCAGAGCGAGCAGGAUGAGCGGAACGGGAACGCCUCGUCGCCGACCUCUGCGUACAGGCACAUUGUGGUGGAAGCCGAGGAGAGGUCGGAACAGGAAGUGGUGUUCAAGCACGACAACAUGACUGCCGAGGAUACUCUGGCAGCAUCAGAGGUGGAAAAAUUGAUGCGGUACCUGAGGGAAUCCGCUCUGCCCGGGCCCAACACGUCGUCGGAUCAGCCCUUCAUCUACCCCGCGAAGGACAAGACGCUGUACGUGCGCGAUGGCACUCCGCAAGGUACCGUGGCGCCCGAGCAACCCUCGUGCGACGGUCGAUACAUUUACAUUUACGACCUGCCGAAAAAGUUCAACGAUGAUCUUGUAGGGCAAUGCGACACUCUGUUGCCCUGGUUCAACUUCUGCGACUACUUUCUGAACGAGGGCAUGGGAUUGGUCGUGCCCACGGAGGAGAGAAACAGCCACGAUGAAUUGGUUCUUGUCCCGGACGGGGGCUGGCAUUUGACGCAUCAGUACUCGCUGGAGCUCAUCUUCCACGCGCGGCUGAAAAACUAUCCGUGCCUGACGACCGACGAGAGCAAGGCCAGCUUGUUCUACAUUCCUUAUUAUGGCGGCCUGGAUGUGAUCCGCUGGCAUUUCACAGACAAUGUGACCAACGAUCACCGCGACGCGCUCACCUGGGAGCUCGUGCACUGGCUGGAAACCAAGGAGACGUGGAAGAGGAACGGAGGGAUCGAUCACGUUCUCGUAUUGGGGAAGAUUUCGUGGGAUUUCCGCAGGCCGAGUGACAACGAUCACUGGGGAAGCAAGCUGCUGCAGCUGCCGGCCAUGGUGCCGCCCACGAAGCUGUUGAUCGAGAGGAAUCCGUGGCAUCCGAACGACAUUGGGGUUCCGCAUCCGACGUUUUUCCACCCCAAGUCGGACGACGAGAUCCGGACCUGGCAAUCGCACUGCGAGAAGUCGGAGCGGCGGUAUCUGGUGUCGUUCGCCGGCAUGCCGAGACCGAACAUGCUGGGCAAUGUGCGCGGGCAUCUGAUCCAGCAGUGCCUGGACAGCCCGCAGGAUUGCUUCCUGCUGCGGUGCGAGAAGACGCUGUGCCUGCGGCCCGACUCGACCAUGGACCUGUUUUUGCACUCGCACUUCUGCAUGCAGCCGCCGGGCGACAGCCCGACGAGGCGAUCGGUGUUCGACUCGCUGAUCGGAGGCUGCAUUCCCGUGCUCUUCGAUCCUUACACCGCGUACUACCAAUACCCAUGGCAUCUGCCCGAGGAUCCCAAGUCCUUCUCGGUGUACAUCCCGUCCAGACACGUCAUGAAGGGAAAAGCAAAUAUUAUUGAAAUAUUGAAGAGUAUCAGUCCCGAGGAGAGGGCCGCGAUGCGUACCAGGAUCAUUCACGACAUCAUUCCUGGACUUCUGUACUCGAAACCGGGCAGCAAGCAUCCCUCGUACCGAGACGCGUUCGACAUCUCGAUAGAGGGUUUACUGCAGAGAGUGGCGAAUCUGAGAGCAGAAGCAGCGAUCGCGGCCGGGCAAUAGCUAUAGAGCUUGUACACAAUAGUGGGUCAAUCAGCAGUUGCAUUCUUACCGUUUGUACAUAUCUUUCCUAUUGCGGUUUCUCCUCGUCAGCCGAUGGUAUUAAGAGAAAUCGAUUGUGGCGAGCUCUUCGACUGCACGUGAGUGGUUGGUUCGCCGAUCGUGCCCGCCUGGGCGUGCACUGGGCAGCGAAUGUCUGUCCCGGAGAGGGGGCGGAAUCCCCUCGGCGCGCCUGGCAGCGCAGCAGAGGUUGCUGUGCUAGGGCAGCUCGGCCGAGCAAGCAUUCGAGCUCACGGCACCUCGCCAGCGAUGAGGAUAUCUUCUCAAGAAGAUAUAUCUUACUACAGUUUGCAGAGCGGUGUUAUUACUAAAUUGUCUUGUCAAUUUUGCGUAGGAUUAGUCGAAUCCCUCCUCGCGAUCACUGUGUGGUAAAGCUUAGGACGAGGAGGCUGAGUUCAUUCGGGAGAAUAAUUGGAGCUCUGUCUGUCAGGACUACGUUGGAUAUCAGAUACGAGAUACUGUCAUGACACUGUAGUACAUAUAUCAUGUCUUGCAAGAAUGCUAGUAGAUGACAGCAGCCUGAGGUCGGAGAAGGCUGCUCGAAGUCGGUGUUGAUCAUGUUGGAUGGUGAUUCGAUUUGUUCACUGAAUGAAAGUGGCAAGAGUGUUUUACAUGGAUUUGAACUACCAAGAACUUCUUGAGCUUGUGGCACACGACGCUCGAGCGAGACAUUUGUCCUCGCUACGUCGUCGUCUGCGACUCGCGCCAAGAGAUCCAAUCCUAUGAACAAUAAACAUCUGGUGCAUACUCAAAUCCUGCG